ACUGGGCAGUGGGCAGUGAACUUCAGUACUUCACUCGUUCAUUCUGUCGAAAUCGAAAAAAUUCGUCACUCCUAAGUUCUUACUUUCUCUCACUGUUGGGCCUGUCUGGCUGUCUACAAACUACACUGGUUCGGUCGGAUACCCAUCAUGUUGGUGAUAAUGUCAAAUGUUCGUAUUUUUGUGUUCUUUCGUGACCUAAGACGACAAAACUACAAUCGUACAUGUCAAAAGUUAUCGACUUAGUUUCGGACCUAAACAGCGAGUGGUAUUUAUAMUUUUUAUCGAGUCGUGGAGAAACAUUUAUAGAGUGAUUCAUUUAUAUAUCAAGCGCUACUUUCUGAAAAUGAGGCGGCGAGCCGGCGUCGGUGCUAUUCAAAAACAAAAAUUGGAACAAGAAAAGUACAAAGACAAAGGGACGGUGAUUCAAGAGAAUCAGUUUGAACAGAUGACUAAACAAAUGGAAGUGUUCCGCGGAAAUCUGGAGGAAUUUGCCACUAAGUACAAAAACGAAAUCAAAAAGAACUCUCAGUUCAGGCGACAGUUUCAAGAAAUGUGUGCGUCAAUCGGUGUCGAUCCGUUGGCCUCCGGAAAAGGCUUUUGGUCCGUCCUGGGUAUCGGUGAUUUUUACUAUGAAUUGGCCGUUCAAAUUGUCGAAGUGUGCAUGGCGACCAGUUACAAAAAUGGUGGUAUCAUUGGGUUGGAUGAGCUCAGAGAUCGUCUGAUAAAAGCCAGAGGACGAAAUAUUCAGCAUCAAGAGAUCACGGUUGACGACCUACUAUGUGCCGCUAAGAAGCUAAAGAUAUUUGGCAAUGGUUUUUGUGUGAUACCUGUCGGCAGGGGCCAGUACAUGGUGCAGUCUGUGCCCGGAGAACUGAGCAUGGAUCAGACAGCUGUACUCAAACUGCUGUCAUCUUCUGGCAGCCCUUGCAUCAGUCUCUCAUCCCUAAAAGUGCAACUCAAUUGGGAAGAGACGAGAGCCGUCAACGCCAUCAGUCAAAUGGUGAUUGAAGGCCUGUGCUGGGUGGACAGUCAAAACGACGGUGAAUUCUCAUACUGGUUCCCKGCUAUGUUCAAUGAGUGCAUAAUGUCAUGACAAUAUCCCAUUAUGAAAUUGUUUGUAUACACAUAUCAUAUUUUAUAAAUAUUAAAGAUUACUGUUGAAUAUAUUGUAAAUAAAUUGAAUAUUACAUUGAUGUUGA